ACCCUUUAUAGCGCUAAAUGUAGUGUUUUUAUGCAAAUUCCACCGGUGCCAUUGGUCUGGGAACAUUAUGAAAAAUUUUCGUUGAGGGGCAUUGUUCAAAUCUCUGCGCUGAACGGAAUGUUGCUCAAAUGCAAAAUCUCUGUUCUUAUUUCCCGGGAAAUGUCAACAUCGUUCCAGCUCCAACCCGGAAAUCUAGCCCACUUUCACCCACUGUAGUGUUGCUAUAAAAACUGACAAUGUUAUGGUUGCGUGGGUGACGUAAUCUUGGGAAAAUAAAGGUGUUAAGUGGGCUCUUUUGGAAAGAUCCCGCCCGGAAAACUAUGAAAUGACGAAACCCGUCUGAUUUCUGUAUUGAAUGUACGCAGUGUAAAAUACACACUGUGCAAUUUGUACAGAGGAUCUACAAUGUAUCUCCUUAUAGUGUUGGUGUUGAAAUGGCGCACUUCGUAACCUGAUGUGUGAUUAGUGGACGGUCUUACGACAGUAGAAUAAUGUCUGCUGAGCCAGUGGCUAAGGAGUAGGAUAGUCGUCCCUAGCUACAUGAUGUGACCGUUGAAUAUCUGAGAAAAUGAACUGAAAUGGAGGAUGCCCGAUGUCUCCUGGAUGUAAUAAGUGAUCCAUUGGCAUUAAAUGCAUUUCUAGAACAAGAACAGAAUGCAAAGCAACGCCAAAAUGCUCAAAUUCAAAAUGUAACCCACGCCACCAGCACGCAGCCUGGGACCAGUCUAGCUGGUCACCAGUACCUCCUCAAGCAGCAACAGCUGCAGCAGCAAACCCAACAGCCGCAGGUAACUACAAACCAGAUCACAAUACUCGGCAGUCCGAUGCCACCACCCUCACAGAGUCCCAUGGCACCUAGCCCGAUGAACCUUCCUGUGGGCAGCCCACUGGUUGCUCAUGGCAGUCCGAUGAUGUCCCAUGGUAGUCCGAUGGCUAUGGUUGCAAGGAGUCCACAACAGCCCCCUAGUCCACAGGUUCAGACUAUUCUGCAUCAAGUACCAUCGCCAGCUGGUGGGACCAGGACAAGCUCUCCCAUGAUGAUGCGGCAGCCACAACUACUUCCAAAACCAACGAUGAAUACCACAGCCAUUGUCCAGCAACAAGCAGCGGUUGGUCAGCCCACACUUCAAAUACAGAAAGCACUCCCCCAGAGUGUGACACAAUCACUCUCAGUUCCUGUACCAGUCCAGCCUGGAAUUACGAACAAAGUCCACAAUGCAAGCAACACAUUACAUUAUCAACCGCAGGCAACAACCUCCAUGAUCUCAACAAUCCAGAACUCCUCACCGAUUAGUUUACAAGGCUCGACAAUUUUACAGACGUCAUCUGGGAAAUUUCUCCUUCCAAGUGGUGUUCGGUUGCAAAAUCUUCAGCAAUUCUUAACGUCACCGCAGAGUGGUGCCGGCCAACAAGUUGUGCUCCAAAAUCAAAUAGUGCCAAACACGCAGCAAGUUGGCCUGGGUAUGAGUACGAAUGCAAAUUUAGUGAAUUAUUCGCAGCAGCCUUCGCAGAUUGUGAUUCAAAGUGCUGGUGGUGCUCAACAAGGAAAUAUCAUCUUACGUACUUUACCAUCAGUUCUUCCGACGGCGAAUCAAAAUACGGGAAAUUCUGUGCAAAAUGGACAAAAGACUAUUCUUAUAGCUCCGCAACAAAAUUUGGGUCAAUUUCAAACAACAGCAGGUGCGGUGUCUUUGAACCAACAAACAAACGUCAAUUUACUGCCGAAGACAAUGCCAGUGCAAAAUGGUAAUGUCAUGGUGAAUAUUGGCGGUCAAAAUAUCACCUUGCAGCAUUUGAAAAACUUACAAGCCAUGAAUGCAGUGGCUGGUCCUAACAAGCUAUCCAAUUUAAACAUUCAGUUUUCCCAGGCUAAUAUGAAUAGUGUGCCACAAAUGACAUCGGCGCAAAGUCAGCCGGCAGUAGACUCCACCAACCAGACACUGAACUUUGGCAACCAAAUCUACAUCAACCAUCUCAAUCAAGGAGCAACAAAGACAAGUACAUCUGUGCCGAAUCCAAUUACUAGUACGACCCAGUUAGUAAGCAACGUCAUUGCAGCCCAGAGUAAAAUUCUCGCUGCUAAAUCAUCAUCAUCAUCAUCAUCAUCAAAGAAACAAAUUCAAAUUCAACGAGCUGGGGAGGCAAAUCGCCGUUCUCCGGGAACAAAAGGUGGCGGUCGAGCACAACUGACAUCCAACCAAACUGUGACAAAUUCGUCAAGCACUGCCGGGGCUCACACUGAUAAUAUCCUUUCUCAAGCCAUCAAUAUAUGCAACUUGGAAUUCGAUCCGUCAAAAAGUGCUGGUCUUGUGUCUAAUAAUAGUACAUCAAAAACUCUCACUGUCCCUAGUAGCCAAUUUGGAUCUGUGCCAACGCCUGUUUCAAGGCAAACUGUCCCGUCUACUGCUGUAAAUGUUUCUAAUGUGACGUUUUCACGAGUUAUCCCAUCUGUUUCUAGCACUGCUGUGACGUUCAAUUCUUCCGCUGCUAACAUUAGCAGCAUUCAGCCAUUGACUGUAAAUAGCUUGUAUCAGAAUCACAAGGGUAUUGCAUCAUCCGAAGCAACGAUAUUCAGUUCACCGUCGAAUGUGCAAUAUACUCUCUCUUCCUCGCUGUCUCUGUCCACGAUGGUCACACACUCUUCUGUUAUGGCUGCUAAACCAGUUAUGUCCCAGCUAGAUGUGAAACCAGCAGUUACUCAGUUCUUGGAUGUUAAACCGGUGGUGUCUCAAUUCAUGGAUAUGAAACCUCUAGUGGCCCAGUUUGCAAAUGUUAAGCCAGCAGUUAGUCAGUACGCAGUUGCUUCUCAGUUUCUGGCUGUAAAACCGCCAACAUCCCAGUUGGAUGUGAAACCUGUGCUGUCCCAGUUGAACGUUCAAAAAAGUUCUACGUCUAGUACUCUUGUGCUUCAAAGUGCCCAAUCAGGUGUACCCUUGUCCACUGCCAUAACAACUAUUGCUGCAAGCAAAAUGAUGCAGUGUCCAACCAUAUCAAGCAGUACUGCUGUUCCUAUAUCAAGCACAACCGAAAAUAAUACUCCUGCGCUCACACAGGUCCAUUUAAGCCAGCAGGCACAAGUUGCAUUACAAACAGUUCAGGCUCAGUUAAAAUUACUUCUUGCCAAAAAGGAACGGACACCAGAAGAGGAUGUGCGAUUACAAAAGCUUUAUGAAGUUCAAAGAAAAAUCAUUGCACAUGGCCGCCAAAAUGCUCUGAAGAGACAGGAACAACUACAACAGCUAGUUGCCAACAAUCCGACUGUUGCCUUUGCUUCCCCGCAAACGUCUGUAGUAUCUCAGCAACAGGUUACCGACGCAAAAACUGCCAUUGCAGGGAUUCAAAAUAUGCAUAAUGUUCCCGCACCAAAUGUGACAAUUUUGAAAAGUGGUCAUAUUGCGAGUGUUGCAGAGACUAAGACAACUGUGAUUCCAGCUGGUGUCAAGAUUCUUUCUCAAGGAGUUCAGGGAGGAAAGACACAGACAAUUACCAAGGUGGUGACGACGGAUGAAAAGAGUGUCGCUGUACCAACUCAAGUAAAGGUUGCUAAUCACAUCAUCACUGUCAACUUGACCACUGAACAGAAGGCAAAAUUUGAAGAACAGCUCGCGAAGCUCACGCCAGAACAACAAGAGGUCUUCUACAAGCAUCAAGUAAACCUGCAGCAGAAACAACAGAGACAAGUGUUGUUGAAGCAGCAGCAACUGCAGGGACAGAAUGUGGCAGAGAUGAAGCAGGAGUCCGGUGUCCUCGAGCAAGUUACACCUGGUACUAAUGAGAUCAAGCCUAUCAUAACGACCUCACCUUUGACUACCACGUUUACAUCUAACCGGGGUAUCAAGCGAAUUUCUACCGGAGCUCUCCACCGAACAUCAUUGUUGCAUCAACAGCUCCUGAAGGAUCAGGCUGCUGUUCUCGCCCCAAACUGUAAAGCUCCAUUCACGACACCAAACGAAGCAUGUCGGCGGUUACUUCGCUAUCAUGUCUAUCAUGAGAAGGAAUCACCGAGAUUUAUCAGACAAAAGGAGGAAGCAAAUUUUGAAGACUAUGUGAGUGAUAUCCUACAAAAGAGACGCAAAAUGCUGGAUUGCUAUCAAAUGUUGCUUCUGGACGAAAGUAUGCGUCCACAGCCCACCUCAGAGCUUGUGAUGAUGGAGAGAAUGUUCCUUCAGGAGGAGCGGGAACAGCUUGCUAACGAUCGGCGCAGGAGUAAAGAGGACCCAGACAACUUCAUCCCAACUCCUGUCACCACCCACACACAGCCUGAUGUAGUAGAGAUCCUGCCUUCCACUGCUACUUGUGCUUCUUUCACAACCCCUGCCACAUCUUCCUCUGGUCGAUGGACGCCAACGAAUACUCACAGCCUCAACAAAGUCGCAUCGGCAGCAAACCCUGCAUAUUCUCAACACUCAGACAUUCCAGAGGCAGACCAACAGUCUGCAGGAGAUAAAAGCAUUCCAAGUGAAAAGCCAAAAUUAGGUGUUAAGUUGAUUAUAAAGAGAAACUAUAAAGAUAUAUCCGGUGCUGACUCUUAUGUUGCGGCAAGUCACAAUCCUGGGGGUGAAUCCCCACAUUUGCCAAAAGAUUAUGAAGAUUUUCGGACUAAUUUGUCUCGCAAUUCUGUUCAGUCUGAGGCAAGUGAUUUAGAAACUGAAUCCCAGGCAACGAGUAGGGAUACAAGUGAUCAGGAAAAUUCUCGGGAAUCGGGUGGGUACAUUUGUGCGGCAGGUUACACGGACGACUUGGAUAAUUCGGACGCCAAGGAAGAGGCGAUGGAUACUGGGAUAUCUGGUGGUGACGACACCAUAACGACAGACGGUGAUCAGUCGCAGUCGGAGGACGUCAUGGCCGUCGACUCGCUCUUACAUUCGGAUCUUGAUAUCGAUGAACAAGCUGUCAGUGACAACGAUGACCCAAUAGAAAUAACCGAUUUCUUCAGCAACGUUCCAGACAACAACCUGACAAGUGAACGUCGAAUGCUGUGUGAUGAAUUCAGUGUUUUGAACGGAUUGGAAAGUGAGUUAGUGUCGCCUUACCGCGAUGACUCACGGAGCUCAUUUUCGGUUGACAUGCCAGAUAUACAAUGUCAAUCAAACACUGCCAUAGAGGGUCUCCUCGAUAAUGUGCCAUCAAAUAAAAUGACUGAUCCCCUUGGCCUCAAUGAUCACAAUAUGAACGAUCCUCUGGGUCUGAAUGAUCCGAACUCGAAUGGUGCUUUGUUUGACGAGGAGGCGAGUGUGUCCGAGACUGAGAUGGAACCGACAAGACCUGCUGAAGACUUUGAAAGCGCCUUGAGCAGUGUUGCCUCAAGUACGGGUGCCGACCUGUCCAAACCUGAAGCCCCAGUGAGUGUAGACAGCGGUCUUCACUCGGGUGGUUUAGACAAUAGCGUUGAACCGUUAGAACCUCUCGAAUCUUUAGACUAUCUCUCUGAUAUUUCAGACGUGGAGGAGGAGGACCUUGGUGAUCAGAUGCAAAGUGCUAUAGACAGCAUCCUCAGCCUCCAGAACUUCCAGAACUUUUCAUUCCCGUGGCCAACCACAUUCGCGUCGACGCAAAUGACACAGUCAAUGCUGCCGGACUCAUUCGGUGGGCAGAGCCAGGGUGGUGAUGAGGAUAGUUCAGGAAGUGAGAAUGACCUAGAUGCUGCAGUUCAGAGUAUAUUGUAAGCAGGGCUGCAACCUUUUUAGACUGAAGGUGGACAUUUGGCACCAGAUUGAUAUCCGGUUAUCUUUCAUUCUCAGAGUUUUAAAUUGAAUGGAAAGUUGUUGUUUGACAUGUAAUGGUUAGAAACCUAUCGGUUGAAAUAAGGACCUCUGUGAAUGUCAUAUGCUACCUCCAGUCUCUUAAGGGUUGCAGACACAAAAUUCUCUUCCACCUGGACUCCAUGUUAUCAACUGCCUCCACUUUACAAGAUAAGUGUGCCCCUGGUUAGGAAUAGAACUUAGGAAUGUUGCAAUGGCAAGUGUUCAGAAACGAUUAUUUUUUUAUCAUUGUGAGUCAUAUUUUGUUGAACAAUAGAUGAAGACAGAUAGAUCAAAAUAUUACCUGAUUUUUUUAAAAGUCUGUUUUCAUGAAAUGAUUUUGUUUCUUCCUUGUGUUCUCAAUAGUUACUUUAAGCUUAAAUAGGCCACUGAACAAGGGAACAUGUAUGGCUCGAUCUUGCCCACAUUCAAGUCUGCUAUGAAAGCUGUUGUUAAGAAUGUAUAUCCUCCCAUGACAGUAGUAUCCAUUAAGUAACUCAAAAUGCUGACCUCACCCUGUAUUGUUUGCACAUUGGUUCUAUGUACAUAGUGCGGCUCGCCAAUCAUUGGGAUAGAACUCGUUGAGGCCUUUGUCCAGGUAUUGCAUACACGCAUUCAAUGCCUGAAAAUAUGUGAGCACCCCUACAUAAGGGCUUUGGGCUACAUCUGACAGUGUACAUAGGACCAGGAUGGUAGGGCCCGAUUGGUAUGGCAUUGUGGGAUGGUACGUUGCAACUAAGAAUCCUGCCAGAUUGAGAAGUGAGUGACUCUUCAGUGGCCUGUACUGUAACUUUCAUCACCUGUACAAUUGUACUUAAAAUUCUCUCUCACUUAUUCUUCUCAGUGCGAUUCGUAACAAACAAUGUUGUUUUAUUUCUA